AUGAGUAAGCUGCAGAGUGAUGCUCUGAGGGAGGCGAUUGCCUCGAUUACCAAUGAUUCCCGUGAGAAGCAGCGCAAGUUUGUUGAAACCAUUGAGCUGCAGAUUGGUCUCAAGAACUAUGACCCUCAAAAGGACAAGCGUUUCAGUGGUUCUGUUAAGCUACCUCACAUCCCUCGCCCUAAGAUGAAGGUUUGCAUGCUUGGUGAUGCUCAGCACGUUGAGGAGGCAGAGAGAAUAGGUCUAGACAGUAUGGAUGUGGAAGCCCUCAAGAAGAUGAACAAAAACAAGAAGCUAGUCAAGAAGCUGGCAAAGAAGUACCAUGCUUUCCUUGCGUCUGAGGCUAUCAUUAAGCAAAUUCCUCGUCUUCUUGGUCCUGGUCUUAACAAGGCAGGAAAAUUCCCUACAUUGGUGACACACCAGGAAUCCCUUGAGUCCAAGGUUAACGAGACCAAGGCUACAGUUAAGUUCCAGCUAAAGAAGGUGCUUUGCAUGGGUGUUGCUGUUGGCAACUGCGGUAUGGAGGAGAAGCAAAUCUUCCAGAAUGUGCAAAUGAGCGUCAACUUCCUCGUGUCACUCUUGAAAAAGAAUUGGCAGAAUGUGAGAUGCCUGUACCUGAAGAGCACUAUGGGAAAGUUUCUGAGCAAGGACAUCCAGUCGUGCCAGCGCCGCGGUAUCAAGGUCCUGCUCUCCAUCGGCGGCGGCGAGGGCAGCUACGGCCUGUCAUCAGAAAGGGACGCGCGGGAAGUGGCCGCGUACCUCUGGAACAAUUACCUGGGCGGCACGUCGCCGUCCCGCCCCCUCGGCGACGCCGUCCUUGACGGCGUCGACUUCGACAUCGAGCAAGGCGGCGCCAAGUUCUGGGACGGCCUCGCCAGGGACCUCAAGAACUUGGGUAAGAAAAAGGGCAGCAAGGGGGUGCUUCUGAGCGCGGCGCCGCAGUGCCCGUUCCCGGACGAGUGGGACGGCGGCGCGAUCAACACGGGGCUGUUCGACUUCGUGUGGGUGCAGUUCUACAACAACCAGCCGUGCCAGGUGAGCGCUGGCCGCGGCGCGUUCCUGGCCGCGUGGAAGACGUGGCAGUCGGUGCCAGCGGGGAAGAUCUUCCUGGGUCUGCCCGCCUCCAAGAGCGCGGCGGGCACCGGGUUCGUGCCCGCCGCCCAGCUCACGUCGCAGGUGCUGCCGCUCGUCAAGGGCUCGCCCAAGUACGGCGGCGUCAUGCUCUGGUCCAAGUUCUACGACAAGGGCUACAGCGACGCCAUCAAGAGACACGUCUGA